AUGAUGGCAGCCUCUCCUCUUAGCGACUUGCUCUCCAAGUCAUCGAUCGACUUGCCAGCAUAUGAAGAGCUGUAUAAGCACUUCCACCAAAACCCGGAGCUCUCCGACUUCGAGGCGCAGACUGCUAAGAAAGUUGCCGAGGAACUUGCAAAGCUACAAAGCUUCAAGAUUACUACUGACAUCGGCGGGCAUGGAGUCGCAGCCGUGUUAGAGAAUGGGCCCGGUAACACGAUCCUGCUGCGGUCUGACAUGGAUGCGCUGCCCGUGUUAGAGACCACCGGGCUGCCCUACGCGAGUAAGGCUACCAUGGCGGAUGCCGAAGGAAACAUAAAGCCAAUCAUGCACGCUUGUGGGCACGAUAUGCACAUGACAUGUCUAUUAGCUGCGGCGAAAAUCCUGAUACAGCUCAAAGACCAUUGGCAGGGCACGCUUGUGCUCAUCUUUCAGCCUGCUGAAGAGAGAGGCACUGGUGCCCAGGCUAUGGUGGACGACGGAUUGUACACCAAGCACAAUAUCCCGGUCCCAGACUUUGCGUUGGGUCAGCAUGUUGUUGCGGCUCGUGCUGGCAGCGUAAAGUCACGAAUAGGGCCAAUCAUGGCUGCUGCUGAUAGCAUGAAGAUUACCCUCUCUGGCAGAGGCGGUCACGGUUCACAGGUAAGCCUCAACCAAUCUCAACUUGUUCCAUAUUGA